AUGGCAUCCACGGGCAACGAACAACUUUCCCGGGACUGGGCUCUUGCGCAAGACCAGGAAGAUCCCCUCUCCCGCUUCCGUGAGCAGUUCCACAUCCCAUCGCAAGGCGACCUGCACCGACCCACCCUCGCCUCCUCCACAUCAGAACCGCCAUCCACCCCCUCGAUCUACCUCUGCGGCAACUCUCUCGGCCUCCAGCCCAGACGUACCGCGUCCCUGAUCAACACAUUCCUCACACAAUGGCGCACCAAAGGCGUCAAGGGCCACUUCGUCCCGCACAGCGACUCGCCUCUCCCGCCCUUCCUACACAUCGACGACGCCGCCGCAUCCCUCAUGGCACCCCUUGUCGGCGCCCUACCCUCCGAAGUCGCCGUGAUGGGCACUCUGACGGGCAACCUGCAUCUCCUGCUCUCCAGCUUCUAUCGCCCUUCGCUCGACAAGUCUGGCCGCUACAAGAUCCUGCUUGAGGGCAAGGCGUUUCCGUCCGACCACUUCGCCAUCGAAUCGCAGAUCGCGCAUUGGGGGCUUGACCCAGCUAAAGCGAUGGUGUUGCUCGAGCCGAGGGAUCCGGAAGUGCCGGUGCUGGAGACGGAGGAGAUCUGCCGGACGAUAGAUGCGCACAAGGAUGAGUUGGCGCUCGUGCUGCUUCCUGGUAUUCAGUUUUAUACGGGCCAGUAUUUCGAUAUGCAGACGAUCACGAGGUAUGCGCACGAGAGGGGCGUGUUGGUGGGCUGGGACUGUGCGCAUGCGGCUGGAAACGUCGAGUUGAAGUUGCACGAGUGGGAUGUGGACUUUGCGGCUUGGUGUACGUACAAAUACAUGAACUCUGGGCCAGGGGCAAUGGCGGCUCUCUUCGUCCAUGAGAGGUUUGGCAAGGUGGAUAUGGAUGGUGAGGGACGGUUGUAUCAUCCGAGAUUGUCAGGAUGGUGGGGAGAUGACAAGAGUGGGAGAUUCGCAAUGACAAACAAGUUCAACCCUCGCCCUGGCGCUGCUGGAUUCCAGUUGUCCAACCCCAGCGCGCUUGACCUUGCAGCGGUUUUGUCCUCUCUCCAGAUCUUCAACGAGACAACCAUGGCCGAAUUGAGAGCCCGGUCUCUUAGGUUGACUCACUUUUUAGAAGCGUUGCUGGACAAUAUGACAAAGAAUGGAAGAGAUGACUUCACCAUCAUCACUCCCCGAAAUCCUGAAGCAAGAGGAGCGCAGAUCAGCAUCCGCCUCAAGCCAGGUCUCCUCGACCCUGUCCUGGAAUACCUUGACGAGAAAGGCGCCAUUAUCGACGAGCGCAAGCCAGACGUCAUUCGCGUCGCUCCUGCUCCACUGUACAAUACUUUUGCCGAUGUCUGGGACUUCUGUGAGAUCUUCAGGCAAGCAUGCGAUAGAGCUCUCCGCCGAUGA